AUGAGUUCGGCAUACGCCAAUCCUCUCCACGCCCACCUUAACCAAGAGCCCGUCUUCAUCCCAUUAGAGGACCCUGACUCACUCUCCCCGCCCUCGGCUCACCACCUCGAGACCCCAGGCGCAUCGUCGAAUCUCAGCAACUACCAAGCUAGUGAUAUCAGCGACCUAGAAGACGAUCCCUUCUUCGGCGCGGAUUUCAGUUCUGCCGAAGGUGGUGUCCCUUCGUUUCUUCAGAGCGAAAACCCCGGCUGGGACACUUCGCCAUUCUCCAUCAGCAACCGCUCCUCUGCUGCUUCUGAGGCGUUCCGUCAUGCCGUCGAAUCUACAUAUCCCUUGACGCCAGAACAAUCGGCCUCUAUCCGACCACCUUCCCCACACAGCGAUCGCAGACCGACCGUCACGCGACACGUCUCAGAGACCCUCCCAAAAUCCAUAUCGCCGCAACAAUUACAAAAGCCGUUCCCUACAAUCAUGACACAGUCCUCACAGCUCACACCUGACCAGAGCAGCAGCGGGCGGUCUAGCGAGGAUGGUCUUGCCCCCGGCAACUUUGAUAUUCGUGCUGCCAGCCCCCGGAUCUCAGUAUCCUUCUUCGACCAUGAAGCAAACGGCAUAGCGCGGACUGUGGUUGAGCGCUCACUGCAUGAGAGCCCAACUGCCGUGCAUGGCGGAUUUCAGGCGGCAGGAGACUUGAUCACCUCGAACCGUAACGAUGACGCCCAGCCCUUCACAUCCAGAGACGAAAUGGGCCGAUGGCAGCGUGAUCUUCGCACAGGCCAGGCGGGGCUCGAUCCCCUCAGCCGACCUGCUGACGAGUUGCCGGUCUCGAUGAAUGAGCUUGCCAACAUGCAAAAAGUUGAUGAAAGAAAUCAGGAUGUCAGCAGGUGGCUGAGCGACAAUGAUCGUCCAACCGCCGGUGAGCCCUUGAUUGAAGAUCCCCAAAACAUUCAGACUAUCGACCAGUCUCGGGACUACCAGGACGAUGGAAUUCCUCUUGGCGACAAUACUGAGAAUCGCGCCGUUCCUGGCCAAACUUAUUUUGCUGGAGAGGGUGGCAAAAUUAACGAGCAGGAUGUUGAGAUUAUCGCAUCAAAUCGCAACUGGGCUGAUGCUCCUAUUUUGCCUCAUAUUCGUAGAGAAACCCCUGGCAGACACCAGCCGCAAACUUCACAGGCUGCCAUUGAGCGCUUUGAGUUGUUGUGUCGCGAUAACGACUCGAUCCUCUCCAGGUCUGCGACGUGGGGCACCCGCCGGCGCAGCAUUCACAGUGUCGCUGACCUGGACGAGGAGGGGAUUCUUAGUGGAAAUUUCCUCAGGAAGUUGACUAUUAGCCGUGGGGGCGAUCGCGGAACAGAUCUCGGGAACCGAGCUGGAAGCCUGUUGAAAGAUCUCCGGGGCUUUGUUCGACGGCCUAGUGUCAGCUCUCUGCGCAAGGGGCGCCGCGGCAGCGCCUCUGGUGAAGAAUUGGCCAACCGCGAACAGGAAGAAAGGCCAUCGAUGGAAAAACGAGAUAGUAUAGGCUCGCCACACCUUUCCCUACCUGAUAGAUCGCCCAGCUGGACUGUCAAGAAUAAGCCUGCUCUCAGCCUUGUGGCUUCAUUCAUGGGCAAUAGUCCUCAACAUGCUCGCAAGAAUUCUACGGGCGGAGUACCUUCGGCGUCACCUAGGAGCUCUUUCUCAGGCCUGAAAGUAAGCAACAGUCUAAAGCGGCCACGCAGCAGAUCGGAACUGCCACAGCCAGUCGCGAGUACGGGAAGGAUGGAAUCCCAUCCGAAUCUCAUCAGCUUGUGGAAGACGCAGGGUGGCCCCCCUGUUGCCGCCUUAAGCACUCCUAAUCUUGCCUCUGCCCACGCAGCAAGCCUGGCCAACUUGGAGAACGACGACGACGAGGAUGAUGAUGAUGAUCUCUACGAGGACAGUGAUAUGAAGGUUGAUGCAAACAUCAUUGAUACGGUUGAACCCAAGUUCCAGGGCUUCCAGGAAUACAUUUUGAAGUUGAACCCUGGUCUUGAUGGGCAGUACAACUACUUGGUAGAUCGACUUGCACAGCACCAGGUGAUUAGAUACAAGGCACUGUUGAAUUCGAAGGUCAAGCACCUCGGCCAAGGCGCCCACUGUCCAUGUGGCUCGCUGUGCAUGGCCAUGGGUGGCCAGGCAAACAUUUUGGAAUCCAAGGACAAGGAUAAAGCUGGCUCGAGGUGGAUGGAAGCUUCCUCCAGCCAGCUCCUUGAUGAUGAUGGCAACGGCACACCCACAGAUGGCGCGGUCAACCAGGAUAGCUUCCCACAGGACAUUCCUCUCCCCCCAACCCAAUACCUCCCGGCAGAGUUUGAAUGCCAGCUUUGCUUCAACAAGAAGAAGUUCAACAAGCCAUCUGACUGGACCAAGCAUGUCCAUGAGGACGUCCAGCCAUUUACAUGCACUUGGGAUAGAUGCAGAGACGCCAAGUCCUUCAAGAGAAAGGCCGAUUGGGUGCGCCAUGAAAAUGAGGGUCAUCGACAUCUUGAGUGGUGGACUUGCGACGUUGACGAGUGCCGCCACACGUGCUACCGACGAGACAACUUCCUCCAACAUCUAGUUCGGGAGCACAAGUUCCCCGAACCAAAGGUGAAGACGAAGGCGGCCAUCAAGAAGGCUGGAAACAACGACGCCACCUGGCAGAAGGUUGAGCAGUGCCAUGAGCUGACACCCAAGAGGCCUCAAGAGGAGCCAUGCAGGUUCUGUGGCAAAACAUUCACCACAUGGAAGAAACUUACUGUUCAUCUGGCCAAACACAUGGAGCAGAUCUCACUGCCCGUGCUACGCCUCGUAGCUGCAAAGGCCAAGGAAGUUAGCGCAGACACCAUCAUCAGUCCCGUGCAAGAUAUGCCAGUCUGCCGGUUGCCAGUGACGCAACCUCCCCCCGUUUCGGGUGCGCUCAUGUCUGACCAUGGCCGGCCAUACUUGCCUGUUCAGCACAAUCCCAUGGUAUUCGCUCAGCCUCAAGGUGGCUAUAUGUAUCAUCCUAUGGUAGGCCCGCAAAUGUAUACGGGCCAGUACCCUGAUAUGGGGACACAGCUCCAACAACCUUCUGUCGGCGUUGAUACGAUGAACCAGGGAUUUAACCCCGGACCGCAGAUCUCGGAGACGCCUGUAACCACACCUCCUUUUGGCCAGGCCACGGGCCAGUACCACCACAACGGUAACGAUGGUGGCCUUGAACCUUUCCCGCAGCUGGAUGCGCUGGGUCUUCACAACACAACAGGCGGUCCAAUACACAACCAAGUUGGAUAUAGUCCGAUGAUGGACCCAUCGGUGACGAAUGUAAAUUCAUACGGCGGUCACGGGACUGCAUCGCCUUAUUCACACUCCCCUCAUCUCAACGCGACAAAGCCCGAAAAUGAGUGGGACAACAAACCCAUAUGGUAG